AUGUCAUCUACAGCGCAGCAAGAAGCGGAGGCGCUCCUAAAGGACAUUGACCAGCUUCCAAUCCCUCCAACUAGCAGCGUUUCGGUGACGUCACAGGGUGAUGCUUUACAAGCUAUUGAGUUCCUGGAUCAGAUCACUAGAGUCGACCCACCCAAGUCAAAACUCGUUUCAACUCCACCUACCAGGCCGGCAUCGAGGGCGACUGAAAGAGUCUCUCUGCCAACACUGAGAGCGAAGUCUGCUGACUCAAAUGCAUCCUCUCUGCAAACUCCUGAGCCCAGCAAGCCUGAAAGCACCGGCGGAUGGAGUUGGGGCUCCUCGGUCUGGUCCGGUGCCUCUGCUGCUCUUCAGCAAGCAAAGUCUGUAGUAGAUGAAGGAGUAAAAAGCAUUCCUAGCGUUCACCGACCGCAACAACCCCGACAUUGGCGAGAAGGACUAUUUGAAUAUGUUAAAAGUGGGCAUUUGGAGAAACUAGGCCAAGAUAUAAAGACCGCCUCCUUGUCCACUCUAUCUGACCUGCUCAGUGUUGUAGCUCCACCUAUCGCUGAACAUGAAGUGAUUCAUGUAUGGCUAAGUCACGACUUGGAAGGGUACGAUGGCGUUGAAACAUUGGUUUAUCGAGCUCUAGCGAGGAUCCUAGAGCAAGUGGAGGGCGGCGACCUCGUGGUGAAUAGAGGGAACGAAUCCAGACCAAAAUCUGAGUCGACACGUCGGGAACUUAACGCUGCCGACAAUCUUGACAUCGCCAUCAAAUUGGCUGAGGCAAACAUAGCUGAACUUGUUCAGACACACAUGAGUUCACCUCAAGUUGUGAAAUCCCACCUGUCAUCAGAAAAUCCAACCGUUCACUCUACAGUAUAUCUCCGAAUUCAACCUUUCAUUGCCCCUGUGCCCUCUGGGCUGUCAAUUGCUGCAAACCCUAAAGGUCCGUCCAAGUCGGAAAGCCAAGUACAGUUCCAUCUCUCCAUCCGAGAUAUUUCCCAUUCACUUCAAGUUCGCACAAUUACUCAACCAAUCCCCAUCAAGUGGUUGGAUCUGUGGGACGAGCACGAUUGGGUUGAAGACCAAUUGGCUGAAACACUUCGACUGGGGGUGGAGAUCGUUGGGCAGGAGUACCUUGUGGCAAGGAUGGGUUGGGAACCUACAAACAAACCAGACAAAGAUGAGGAUGCCUACGAAAGAGUAGAUCAACAAGAGAGAUUAGUGGAUUUAUGA